CGCGGGCCCGUCCCGCGCAGCCGGCGGGAGGGGCCCGAGUCCGCGUUCCUCCUCCCUACCGGUCCUCAUCCUUAAAGCACGAGUCCGCACGCCCCGCCUGUUGAAGAGGGCUCCGGGAUCGGGACAGCCAGUAGCCAGGGAAGGCCAGGGCCGACCCAGAAGGACUUGAGGCAACAGAGUUGCCGCGGCUGGCACGCAAGCGCCUCGGUCGCCGACUGAGCGUUUGCGGGAGUUGUGAGGGGAGGGGUCCCGGGCGCCAUUGCUGGCUGUCGGAGCGCCGCCGAGCCCCAGUCCGCCCUCGGCUGCUCUCCUCAGUCCGGGAGGAGCCAUCGACAGCCCUUGGGCUGGGCUCUAGAACACGGCGUCUCGGCCGCCAGCCCGCAGCUCCGUGUGCCGCCCGCAGCCCAGGGGGAGACCAUGUUUGACAAGACGCGGCUGCCGUACGUGGCCCUCGAUGUGCUCUGCGUGUUGCUGGCUUCCAUGCCUAUGGCUGUUCUAAAUUUGGGCCAAAUAUAUCCAUUUCAGAGAGGCUUUUUCUGUACAGACAACAGCAUCAAGUAUUCGUACCAUGACAGUACCGUCACAACCACUAUCCUCAUCAUAUUGGGGGUUGGCUUACCCAUUUUCUCUAUGAUUGUGGGAGAGACUCUGUCUGUUUACUUUAACCUCUUGCACUCAAAUUCCUUUAUCAGGAAUAACUACAUAGCCACUAUUUACAAAGCCAUCGGAACCUUUUUGUUUGGGGCAGCUGCUAGUCAGUCUUUGACUGACAUUGCCAAGUAUUCCAUAGGCAGACUGCGGCCUCACUUCUUGGAUGUUUGUGACCCAGACUGGUCUAAAAUCAACUGCAGUGAUGGUUACAUUGAGGACUACAUCUGUCAGGGAAAUGCACAGAAAGUCAAGGAAGGCAGAUUGUCCUUCUACUCAGGCCACUCUUCGUUCUCCAUGUAUUGCAUGCUGUUCGUGGCACUUUAUCUUCAAGCCAGGAUGAAGGGAGAUUGGGCAAGACUCUUACGACCCACACUGCAAUUUGGUCUUGUUGCCGUAUCAAUUUACGUGGGCCUUUCUCGAGUUUCUGAUUACAAACACCACUGGAGUGAUGUUUUGACCGGUCUCAUUCAAGGAGCUGUGGUUGCAGUAUUAGUUGCUGUGUAUGUAUCAGAUUUCUUCAAGGAGAGGAAUUCUCCUUUUAAAGAAAGAAAAGAGGAGGACUCUCAUACAACUCUUCAUGAAACACCAACGGCGGGAAAUCACUAUCGGAACAAUCACCAGCCUUGAAGGCAGGGUGGCAGGUGAAGCUGGCCUGCUUUCUAAAAGGAAAACAACUGCAACCACAAGGCAAGAGGAUGCGUCUUUCUUUCUGGUGUACAGGCCUUUAUGGGACUGCUGCUGCUGCUAUACCUCCUGGAUACCCACUUUAUCUGUGUAUAUAGUUACAUUUAACACAAUGGUUAUCUAACAGCUCUUAAAUUCAUUUAAAAUUUCAAGCCUUCCAUUAAACAAUGCCCCACCUGUACAUGUUUUAUUAAAAAAUGUAAUGCUUAUGUACAUAUGUGUAUGUAAUACGCUUUCUUGGAAUGAUAUUUGAUUUAAAUACAAUCUGUAUUAAAAUGU